AUGAGGCAAAAGUCUGAUUCAUGUUUUAGUACUCAUAGUAAUAGAUAGGGUAGUUUAUGGAAAAAAGGAUAUCCAUCUGUCUAAUUUGGUUCAUAACUAGUAGUUUUAAAUGGUUUAAAAAUUAGAGAUGGUCAAAAAAAGAUUAUUUAGUUUAAAUUUUCUUAUGUUCAAGAUAAAUAUUUAGUAGUUGAUCAAAAAUAUAUAAGUUUGGAAAACAUUUAAAUGAAAAAGAUUAUUCUACCUUAGAGCUAAUAGGAAAGUUUGGCAUUUCUAUAAUUUGAUAAUAAUUUUGAUAACUUUGAAAUAUUUGGUUCAGUGCCAUUAAUUUAUGAAAUAUAUAAUUACUGUAAGUUAUAUACCAUCUAAGAGAAUUUUGAGAAUAAUUACAAGAUUAUGAAGCUAAUGGGCAAAGGAUCAUUUGCAAAAGUAUACUAAGUCAAAUAAAUGGAAAAUUAAGAAAUUUAUGCAGUAAAAAUGUUUAAUAAAAUGAAAAUGAAAGAAAAUGAUGAUGAAAAUUAAGUAAGUUAUUUUUAAUAUUUUUUAAAGAAAAGCCUUUGGAAAGAAAUCGAAAUAUUGAGAUUGAUGAAUCAUAAGCAUAUUACUAAAAUACAUGAAGUUUAUGAAGACGAGAAAAAGGUUUAUGUUCUAGUUGAUUUAUUGAAAGGAGGUGAAUUGGUAUCUCAAAUAGAAAAAUAAGUGAAAAUAUACGAUGAAUCUCUUGUAAGGAAAUUAAUUUACAACCUCUUAGACGCUUUGAUUUAUAUAAAAGAAAGAAAAGUGAUUCAUAGAGAUAUUAAACCAGAAAAUUUGAUCUUAAAAGACGAAAAUGAUAUAACAAAUAUAGUAAUUGCAGAUUUUGGAUUAGCUGACUUUUAUCAAGAGAAUGGAGAAUAUUUAUUCAAUAAAUGUGGUUCAUUAGGUUAUGUCGCUCCUGAAAUAUUAUAAGAUAAACUUUAUGAUUAUAAGGUUGAUAUUUACUCUUUAGGAAUUGUAAUGUUUCUAUUAUUAACUGGAGAAGCAGCUAUUAAGGGAUUGAGUACUUAAGAGGUAUUAAAAAAUAAUACUUGUGGUAAGAUUGAUUAUUUAAAACUUGAAUCUUGUGAUGUAAGUUAAGAAGCAAAAGAUUUAUGUUAAAAGAUGCUGAUUUUAAAUUAAAAAUAAAGAAUUUCUGCAGAAGUUGCUAUAAAGCAUCCUUGGUUUAAAAUUGAUAAUUAUGAUAUUUCCCUUAAUACUUUGUAAAUUCAUAAAAUGCCAUAACAACUUAAAGGGCAAAAAGAAAUUUUAUUUUGUCAUACUCCACUUUGGGUUAAUAAAAGCUUAAGAAGUAUUGAAGAUUCUCCAGAUUAAUUAAAUAUUUUAACAAUUAAUGUAAAAGAUAGAACUAUUGAGGAAAUCUUAAACAGUGAUAAUUUUAGAUUGGAUUCAAUUGUAUAUGAUUUAGAAGAUGAUUUUAUAGAUGAAGAAUCUAUUGCUUAUAGAGUUGAAAAUCAUAAACUACUAGUAAAAUAAAGAAGUCUUCCUUGA